AUGCAUUGGUUAGCCUCCCUUUUUCUAUGCAUAUACCUUUCCACCUAUGUGUGCAGACAUGUCCACUUAAAGGAAAGCAGCUUUAUUCCCCCUCACAAUUGGGAAUUGAGGAAAAGCAAAAAGAUAAAUGUAAAAAAAAAUGUCUACACAGGUAAGAGUUGCAAAAAAAAAGCACUGCGCGUUUACAUUGGGAAGGAAAUAAUUAUUGGCACCCGGGACUCCCCACUAGCAAUAAAACAGUCGGAAAAAGUCCAAACAAAACUUGAAGCAUAUUUUAAAAAAAUGAACAAAAAUGUGAAAGUCACUUUAAGGCCUAUCAAAACAAUGGGGGAUAAUAUAUUGGAUAAAAAGGUUAAUCUCUUUGGAGGGAAAGGAAUUUUCACAAAAGAGUUGGACGAGCAAUUAAUAGAAGGAAAUGUCCACAUUUGUGUGCAUUCUCUGAAGGACGUUCCGAUGGAAUUGCCAGAACAAGUACAACUGUCCUGCUUCCUAAAAAGGGACACAAUAAAUGACGCCUUCUUAUCGGUAAAGUAUGCCACCCUGGAAGAUAUGAACAAAAUGAACAUGGCAAAUAAGGGGGAGCAGGAAAGUUAUCAGGUUAAUGGGGCGAGCCAAAAAAUGACUAACCAAAAUGUGAAGAGAGAAAACUACGAAGGUGAUCACUACGCGAAUUCUAUACCAACCAUUGGGACGUCCUCCUUGAGAAGGUCCAGCCAAAUUAAAUAUAAAUAUAAAAACGUAGCAGUAAAGAAUGUGCGGGGGAACAUUAACACAAGAAUUGCUAAACUGUGUAAUGGGCAAUACGACGCCAUAAUCAUUGCAAAGUGUGGACUGGAAAGAUUAACAAGCAAAAAGGGCAUUAGAAAUAUAAUUGAGAGAAAAAAUAAAGUGCCCCAAGAAAACUUCCUAAUUAAUCACAACAAUAUGGAGAUCAAUUUGAGCCUUUUACACAUCCAGCAAAUAAACAGGAGAACUAUCUACCCCGCUUUGUGCCAGGGAAUUAUCGCUGUGUCAUCCAACAGAAAUGAUGAGGACAUUUCUGAUGUACUGAAAAAUAUAAACGAUGACAAGGCGCAAAUUAUGGCAAAUGUAGAGAGGUCCUUUUUGUAUCACAUUGAGGGGAACUGCAUGAUGCCCAUUGGGGGGUAUGCAAAAAUUGCAAACGAUGAAAUUGUCUUCAAUGCGGUAAUUAAUGAUAUCCAUGGGAGAGAGAAAUAUCACGUUCGCCAAGUUGGGACGGUACAAAAUUGCAAUCAAAUUGCAGUAAUGGCUGCCAAAAAAAUGAAGGAAAAAAUCGGGACGCUCAGGUUUAACGAAAUCAGGGAAGAGGCGGCCCAAUAUUAUGCGUAA